ACAGCAAUUUCAAUAAGGUCCUUGCACAGAGUCACAGACGGCUUAACGCAACUUUUUAGCUCAGAAACAUUACCGAAGUCUUUCGAUUUCGAUUUCGAUUUCGAUUUCGGAAAAAAAAAAGACCUCAACAUCACGACCUCGGAAUCUCCUCUCCACUCUCCCACGACGACCCAAUUGAUCCUCUCUCCAUAUAGUUAUGGCACCUCUUACCAUUGCUUCCCGUGCUUUGGCGCGAGGAGUAGCGAAAUCCUGUGGCCGUGUAAAUGCCGCCCGCGCCAUCGCCACGACUGCCCAACUCAACGAUGCCGGAUCCUACUCGAGUCCCUUCAAGGGCGAAUCCAAAUCCACCAGGAUCCCCGACUUCAGCCACUACAUGAACAAGAACAGCGCCAACACGAACUUGCUCUUCCAAUACUUCAUGGUCGGAACCAUGGGCGCCAUUACCGCCGCCGGUGCCAAGUCUACUGUCCAAGAAUUCCUCAAGAACAUGUCCGCGUCUGCCGACGUCCUGGCCAUGGCCAAGGUUGAGGUCGACCUUGCCGCUAUCCCCGAAGGCAAGAACGUCAUCAUCAAGUGGAGAGGAAAGCCCGUGUUCAUUCGACACCGCACUGGGGAAGAGAUCAACGAGGCGAACUCGGUCAAUGUAGCUUCGUUAAGAGAUCCCCAGGCCGACGAUGACCGUGUCCAGAAGCCCGAAUGGCUAGUCAUGUUGGGUGUUUGCACGCAUCUGGGUUGUGUUCCUAUCGGCGAGGCAGGAGAAUUCGGCGGUUGGUUCUGCCCUUGCCACGGCUCGCAUUACGAUAUUUCUGGACGUAUAAGAAAAGGACCCGCCCCCCUCAACCUCGAGAUUCCCUCAUACGAAUUCCCCGAGGAAGGCAAGUUAGUCAUCGGUUAAAUAGCUAGCGCAUUAUAUCUGCUUGUGUGUGCUGUACAAUUAAGAAAACGAAAUACAACCAAACCCCACUGCUAGACUGGCGGGUCUUUGCCUCACUUCUCUCAUCGUCGUGGAGUUGGGGGGGGGAACAGGAUUAGACGUGUAAUGGCAAAGAUCGUUUUGAAAUUCAUGAACAUUUUUCCCCUUAGAGAGACAAAGUUUCCCCCUUCCCCCUUUUUGGCGUCCUUAAAACUGUACAAAACAGAAUAACUACACCUUGUCAACCAUGUUUAUUAUAAAAGAAAAGCAUUGCUAGUUCCAAGAUUUGCUCGUUCCAUGUGCUGGGCCACUGAAGCUUGGACGAGCGGCAACACCCGUUCUAAUAUGGACCAUAAAUCUUUGUGUGAUGAUGGCCCGCAUUGGAAGCAAUGAC